AUGGGAAGAAGAGAUGAAGAAGUCAAGAUUCCAAUGCUAAUCAAAGAACACUACUUUCAUCGGAAAGUGAAAAUGAGGAUGCAUCUUCUCUCCUUAGAUCCUAGCUAUAUCAAUUGUAUUGAGAAAGGACCACAUGUUUCAGUAAAAAUCAACACUGCCCUGAGACUUGAUGGAAGUGAAGCUGAAGAUAUUGAAGUGCCCAAAAAUCAAUCUGAGUUUACUGAAGAAGAUGAGAAAGAGGUGCACAAGGACAACAAGGCCAUGAACAUUCUAUUUAAUGGUAUUGAUGAUGACAUGUUUGAUAGCCUCAUCAAUUGCCCUACUACUAAAGAAGUAUGGGACACUAUUCAAACUCUAUGUGAAGGCACUGAUCAAGUCAGGGAAAACAAGAUGCAGCUGUUUGUUCAACAGUAUGAGAGCUUCCACUCUAAAUGUGGAGAAUCUCUAAAUGAUCUAUUUAACAUAUUUCAAAAACUGUUAAAUGGAUUAAAAUUGAAUGGAAGAAUCUACAUGGUCAAGGACUCAAAUCUCAAAUUUCUAAGAGCCUUGCCUAGAGAUUGGAAGCCCAUGACUCAAGAUGAAGAACUGGUAAAGAACUCCAAAAAGGAGAAAAUUGUGGCUCUUGUAGCUGAGAAGGAAGGAGAAGAGGAGAAGGCAUUAAAGUCUGUAGUUGCUGGUAAAGCCUCAAGCGGUAAUGCUUGUGAAGGAAAGAAUGAAGCUGGAAAGAACAAAUGA